UCAAAACAAACAUGGCGAUGAAAAGGGUUGAUUUAUGCAGUCGAUUUAAAUAAUUUUUAGUCUUUUUUAACAGCAACUGUUAUAGCCGAGAGGCUCUAAACCUUUUUACAAUGACCAAUAACGUUUUAAGGGAUGUAUUCGCGUUGAUCGUGAUGAAAAUCUUGGUUUUUGAAUGAUUUUGAUCAAGUUUGAAGUAAAAGUCGAGUGAUAGGAUAUGGAUUUAGUCGUCAAUGAGUUUUGUAAGUCGUCAAAGAGUAUUGUUAAAAGCUGAAAGAUGAACGACAAGAGUGAUGAUGAGACAGAAGAUGAGCCUUCUCAAGAGAUCUGUGGUGAUCGGAAGAAAGAACGUUCCAAAGAAUCGCCCAACAUCAAAUCUGGACAAACAGACGUAGAUGAAUGUAAAGAUGUCAAGAAUGAUAAGAAACCCAAGAAACCAGAAUGGAUUCAGAAAGAAGUAAAAUGCAUGGCACUGUACCACGGCGAUAACCUUUACUACAGAGCUGUCAUAGAUGAUGUUGUGUCUGAGGAUCAAGUUGAAGUUACCUUCAUUGGGUUUGAAUCAGAGGGAAAGGAACGAGUACCAUUUAAACACUUAAGGAGAAUACCGCAGAAUAUAAUUCCAACUAAAAGUGUAGACGAAGACACCAACAGUACAGAAGCAAUGCAGUCACUUUCAAAAGAGAGUUUCUUCACUCAUUUGGAAGGUUUUGAACUGAAUGAAGAAAUUAGAACAAAAUAUGAAGAUUUUGAUGAUAUAGAUUUUGACAUACCAUUACAAGAAGUGAAGCAGAACAAAAGAAAAGGAGUUCUGGAUAUUUUAACACACAAGGGAGGCAAAGUGCUUAAGAAAAAGCAAAGAAAGAAAGCUUCAAUGAACACAGAUGACACUGACUUGAAAACAAAUGAUAGAGAGAGGGAUAUUGAAGAUACAAAAAGAACCCUUUCAAAGGAGAGACGUGGAAGUCCAGGACAAGAUGAUUGCACAGAUGUAUGGUGUGACAUGGAUGGAUUUGAUGACAAGGAUAUGGAGAAACCUCGUUUUAGUGAACCAGCACCUUACCCUUUUGUUCCUUUAGUGUUAUCUGAACCAGGAAUAGAGCCACCUAUACAGGUUCCAGCAACAAUCAAUUGUCGUCUUCGUGAAUACCAACGUGAUGGAGUCCGAUUCCUCUACCGCCAUUACCAUGACAACAAGGGGGCUAUUCUUGGAGAUGACAUGGGUCUGGGGAAGACUGUCCAAGUUAUUGCUUUCCUGGCAGCAGUGAUGGGUAAAACAGGGACAAAAAUCGAUGUGUUUGGAAAGUAUAUGAGUCAAGGGAAAAAACAUGCCAAUGAGAAGACAGAAGUAAAGAGAUGUUUCCUUGUGGUCUCCCCAGGCUCUGUCUUGUACAACUGGCGUGAUGAACUGGACACAUGGGGUCACUUUAAGGUGAAGGUUUACCAUGGCAACAGUAAAGAAGGUGUUCUGGAAGAGGCGAUGAAGAAGAAAUUGGACGUUGUCUUGACAACCUAUGAUACGCUUCGAAUAAACCUGACAAAGUUUAACAAAGUGAGUUGGUCAGCGGUUAUCAUGGACGAAGUUCACAAACUCAAAGAUCCAGAAGCACAGAUCACUGUGGCAGCCAAGGAACUGAAGGUCAAGGCGAGGUUUGGUCUAACGGGAACUCCUCUUCAAAACCGAUUUGACGAAUUCUGGAGUGUGCUUGACUGGGCCAACCCUGGCUGUUUAGGGUCUGCCAGAAAAUUCACCAAAGAGUACAGCAAACCAAUCAAAAAAGGACAGAGAUAUGACGUCACGAAGAGAGAGUUAGCAAUUGGCAGAACAAUAUCCAGGAACUUUCAAGCCAAACUUGGUCAGUGGUUUCUGCGCCGAACUAAGGACUUGAUAUCAGAUCAGUUACCACAGAAAGACGAGAGAGUUGUGUUUUGCAACCUGACCCAAUUUCAAGAAGACGUUUACGUCACUCUUCUUCAAUCCCCCGACGUCCAGCUUAUUACCAAGAAAGACRACCCGUGCGAUUGUGGAAGUGGUUUGACAAGAGGGCAUUGCUGUUACACGAGUGAUGAAAAUGGUGAGUCAUUGCGUUCUGUACUCAUGAGAUACUUACAGCUGAUGCUGAAAGCAGCCAAUCACACAGCGUUACUGAUGCCGCAAGUGAAACAGACUGAAGACCAAAGAACCAAAGCCAAAGCCAUAUGUGACAAGGUGUUCUCUCUCCAUCCUGAGUAUGCUGAAGCAAUGGCUGCACCCUCAUUCCAGACCCUCUCGGACCCUUCGUACUGCGGCAAAAUGAAAGUCCUGGACAAACUGUUGCGCAUGUUCGAGAAAGAGAAGAGUAAAGUGCUACUGUUCUCUCAGUCUACUCAGUUGCUUGACAUCCUCGAGGAGUAUCUGAUCGGUCGAGGCAUGAUCUACUCGCGUCUUGACGGGAAAACUAAGACAAGUCUUCGUCCAGUGAUCGUCAGAGAUUUUAAUAACAACACCGAAAUCUUCGUUUGCCUUGUGUCAACUAAAGCAGGUGCGCUGGGGCUGAACUUUACAGGUGCCAAUGUGGUGAUAAUAUUCGAUCCAACAUGGAACCCUGCUAAUGACCUACAAGCCCAAGACAGAGCGUAUCGUAUCGGUCAGCGAAGAGAUGUUCAAGUAUUUCGACUAAUAACGUCUGGAACAAUCGAGGAAAUGAUCUACUUACGUCAAGUCUACAAACAGCAAAUGGCCAACAUAGCUGUGAGAGGAACAAGUGAGCGGCGAUAUUUCAUAGGAGUAGAGGGAGAGAAAGACUUAAAGGGAGAGUUGUUUGGUAUGGAGAAUCUCUUCUCUUACCGCGCUGAGGGUGUCAGCCUUGCACAUGAUAUCAUCCAGAGGACUGAUAAACUAGAAGCUGGGCUGAGGGUUGAGAAAUAUAAUAUUAUUGCCAAGGAGAACAAUGAAGACGAAGAGACAAACAGGAACGAAGACAAUAAGGCAAAUGCCAAUACUAGUGAAGAUGAAGAUGAUUAUGAUUAUGAUUUGGAAGAAAUGGCUUCGCAGUAUUUUGAGGAUGAAAACGAAACACAGCAACAUGACAACGAAGAGGCUUCCACCAGUGGAAUAAAUGUAAAAGACAAUGGCGGGAAGAAACGGACGCGCUUGUCAGACGAAGAGCCAAUCACGGAUAGUGUGCAGUCAUCUAGUAAUAUGUCAUUGGAGAAUGACAAGAAUGUGAAAGAAAAGAAGAUGAACAAGAAAAAGAAAAAGAAAAAGAGAAAGAUGGUUGGUGCUCCUCGAGCGAAAGAUCAGAGACAAAGAAGACUACGAAAAUAUGUUUCUGAAUUCUUCUCUUGUUCGGAGAGUUCGGGUAGCGAGAAAAGCGAAUGUGGGGAUAGCGUUUCAUCAGGAGACGGAAAUAGAAUGGACGUGGAAACGCAAGUAGGCAGGCAAUCAGGAAGACAGGAAGGAAAAGAAAGUGAUAGUGAAGUUGAUGUCGUAGAAACGGAUAAAGAUGUGACGAUCAUCGGACAGACAGACCGAAAUACAGACAUACGAGGAUAUAGACGAACUGACAAACACGAAGACACAGUCAAACUCAGGCAGACAGGCAAAGAAAAGACGCGGAAACAGAAAACCAAGCUUGGACAGACAGACAAUAAAAAAGACAAGAUGUCAGACAUUGACAGUGAAGAGGAGAGUAGGAAGUCCGCUUUCCUCGACUCGAGACAGCGAUUUACAAGAAUUAGACAGAAACAACUGGAAACUCGACUAAACAAAAAUGUCAGUGAUAAAGAAGGAAAUGAAAAAGAGAUGGAAGGAAGCGUAAGGAUAGGAGCUAGUAAAACGAUGAAGGCGCGACCAGAUUCGCGUAAAUCAGCUAUCAACGAGAAUGACCUCAAAAAUUAUCGACAGAAGCACACCAAUGAGACGGAUAGUCAUAGCCACGAAGAGUUUAGUGGUAACCAAGAAGGCUGUCACGGCAACGAGGGAUAUUUAAGUAUGUCAUGUGAUGAAUCCAACCAAUCAGAUCACGAAGAAGAACCUUUGUUGCCUUCAACGAGAAUCGUGUCCCGAGGAGCGAGGAAAAGGGCAAGGAUAGAGAGUCGUUUGAGGGGGAAGAGAUCAUUGGCUGAAAGCUUAAACAAUGAAGACCAAGGGAUGGACAACAAAGACAACAAAGUAGAAGAGAUACUGAGUAAGUGCGGAGUCAGAUACACCCAUGCCAAUCGAUCCGUGGUGCGAACAAGUAAAGCUGAGUCCCACAUGUCAAAGAGAGCCAUAGAAGAUGUCUUUGAACUGCGACAGUUUUCACAGCAACCGGCCAAUUGUUUUGCUGCGUUUGAGGCGAGUGAAGAGAGUGAUGACGUAGCUGAGUUCACAACCUGUCAAUCAAAAUCAAAAUCCAAGAAACAAAACACAAAGAAACCCAGCACACACUCAAGAACAGAUCAAGAAACGCAUUCUUCCGCAGCAAGGUCAAAAGCUGCCUCAUCUUCGAAAAAACCAAUCGAUGGAACAACGGAAGUAAUCGAUGGCGCAACGGUCAUCAUCGGAGGGACCCCUCGUGGGAUACGACGGAACCAGUUUAGUGAAAUGAGCCGAUGUUUUGGUUUUGCCUCUGAGGUUGAUUUUGCUGUAAACUUGGUAAAGGAAACCCCUGACAGUCUUAGAGAAUCAUUAAAAGCAUUUUAUAUCAAGAGUAAUCCUGAUCUUAUUGGUUUGAAAUACUUUGCUGAAGAAAAUAUUGUUGAAAAAGCAACGACGUCUAAAAGAGAAAAGAGAGCAAAGAUGACGACUGCGAGGGCAAGUGAAAGUAAAGGGAGAGAGUCUACUAAGACAAGGAACAAUGAUACUAGUGGUAAAACUGCGAAAGGUAGGAAGGUAGUGAAAGAGAAGGCGAAGAUGGCGUCUGUUGGAAAAGGAAGGAGACGAAGGAGAAGAGGAGUUGUAUUUGAUGAUGAUGACAAUGAUGAUGAUGAUAGAAGUGGUAGUGGUGGUGGUGGCGGUGGUGAUGAUGACGAAGAAGAUGGGGAUGGUGAUGAUUAUUCACAUAAGGAAAACAAAAAGCGAAAAUCCAUGAGAAGAAAGCAAAAGAAAAUACCUUGUAUCAAAGAUGAUGAUGAUGAUAAUGAUGAAAGUGCCGAUAAUAAUGAUGAUGGUGGUUGUAGUGGUAAUGACGAUGGUGGUUGUAGUGGUAAUGAUGAUGGUGAUGGUGGUGGUGAGUACAAGCUCAGAAAGGACAAAGUGCGAGAAUCUACAGAAAGAAAUAAAAAAAUACUAGAUAUUUCGGUAGAUAAUGAUGAUGGAAGUGACAGCGGGAAAGAUAACUACAACGCUCAGAAAAAUACCCUUUCCACCAAAAAGAGGAAUCAAAGAAAAGUGCCUCGUGUUACAGAUGAUGAUGAUGAUGGUUAUGACCGAGAAUGCGAUGAUAAUCAAAUUUAUAACAAUGAAAAUAAAGAUGACGAUAAUAACCCAAAAUAUAUUAAAGAUGUAAACUUGCAGGAGGUCACCGCUGAUAAUAUGAAUCCAGGAAAACGACACUUUCUUCGGCAGACUUCAAAUUCAGUCCAAGUAAUGCAGCAAUCCCAGUAUUUCGCUUCGUCUUCCUUGUCCAUUCUUGAUGAAUUUCUUGGUCCCACACGUAAACAGGAAUCAGCAAACGCUGAAACAACUUCUGUUGGUCUUCCUGUGUUAUCGACUCAAUGGCAACAAGAAGCGAAUGCACAAAGCCAGUUUAGAAGCACUCAAAAGUCUUCAGAAGGCAAGCAUAACGUGGAGGGAAGCAAAGAUCAUCAUCUAAAGCGGUCUAUUCUGGACGAUUUUAUUUAAGUACAGUCAAACCUCUUAUUAGACAUUUCUGAGUUAUAGAAAUGCGUUAAAUUAUUGGGCUGUUUUGGCGGACGCUUUAUUAGUCAAAACAAAUGUGUCGUAGUAGAUAAUUUCAACUAAAAAACACCGACGCAGUCCAAACUAGUUCCAAAACUUGGCUUUAUUAGUCAGUUGACAUCUUAUGCAUCGACUGAAACAAAAGAAAUAUGAAAAUUAACACAACAAUUACUGUCGUUCUACUCUGGCCGUGAACACUCGAGUUUGUCAACCAAUCAGAUUACGAAUCGAAAACGAUAGAAUUCGAAUUACGUGUCGAAAGUCUAUAAAAGCUAUUCAAGGAGAUGAAAUGAUGGGGAAAAAAAAAAAAAAA